AAACUCAGGCUUCCGCAUUUACUUGUCACUGUUUGAUGGUUAUUCAUAUGUGCUUUGGAAGGUUUAUAGCCAAAAUCAGACUGGACUCGUGAUAUGAAGUGAUCAAUAUUCUGUUCGUUCGUGGAGUACAGAUUGCGAAACGCACCUGUGGUACCAGAAAAACGACCACAUUGAACAUCGAGUGAUCCUAACGGUAUCCAAUUCGCACGGUGACUCGCCUUACCGGUGGACGCCAACAAUGGCAAGGCGUCAACGGCAAGUGAACGCCUGGUUGUUGGUGAACAGUGCGACGGGGGCGCUCUUAGCGCUGUCCUUGGUGACGCUGUGUAGCGGUCAUGGAAGGCUAAUCGAGCCGCCAAGCCGGGCCUCAGCCUGGAGGUACGGUUUCUCCACCCCACCGAAUUAUAACGAUCACGAGCUGUACUGCGGUGGGUUUAACCGGCAAUGGCAGCGGAAUGAGGGCAAAUGCGGCGUCUGCGGUGAUGCCUUCGACGUCCCUAAGCCACGUCCACACGAGUACGGAGGUAAAUGGGGUCAGGGAGUAGUGGUGAGAAAGUAUCGACCAGACCAGGUCAUAGCACUGCGAGUGGAACUAACGGCAAGUCACAUGGGCUAUUUCGAGUUUCGAAUCUGCGAUAGCGUGAAAGCUCAACAGGACUGUCUGGACAAACACGUACUCAAAAUAAUCAGCGGUACUCCGAAUGUUCCGAAUCCGAGCGAUUUGGGAACACGGUUUUACCCACGCAAUGGUAGCCGAAUUUACGAAAUGAAAGCGGAGCUUCCCCAAGGCUUCCAAUGUACAAAUUGUCUAAUUCAAUGGAAAUAUAUUGCCGGUAAUAACUGGGGAAUCUGCCCAGACGGGAAUGGAGCGGUCGGGUGUGGCCCACAGGAGGAAUUCCGAGCGUGUGCCGAUGUGUCAAUCGGAGAUAGCGACAGUGGAAAUCGUACUCCAUUGCGACCUGGCCAACGGCCAAGUCCAACGCGGGUACCAGCCAUCAAUCCAGAGCAAGGCUCAGCGGGAACCAACGAAACGGACGAAACCAGCGAAGACCAGCCACCGGGAGUCAAAUACAUGGGACCAUUGGUUGCCAUUCUGUCGCUUUUUCUGGUCCUAUGUGGAUUUGCUGCACUCUAUAUUUAUCACUAUCAUGGGGGGCGGAUAAAGGCGCUGAUGCGCUGGAAUCGAGACAAAAAUCAGAAGUUUCCACAGCACGUGGAGUCGAGCAUACCGAGCGUAGAAAAACCGCCCGUUCCACCGCCCAGAACCAAACGUCUCUCUCAACAAAUCCGCGAUAUCGAGGCUGAGGAGUCCAGUGUACUGACCGGAAGUAACAAAACCUCGCCCUUAUCGUCCCAACUAACAACGCUGAGUCGUGAUAGCAACAAACAGCAGCAGCAGUGAGCGAUGGAAGCAGCUGUCUGCGAAUGUUUUUUUAUUUAUUUUAUAAAUUAGUUUAGAGAGCAUUGUGAAAAUGGCGACUAGCGCCAACACUGACUGAUCACAAAAUCACAAAGCGCAAAAAUCGCUAGAGUUAGUAGUUAAGUAGUGACUGGCGCGUUUCCAACUAGUAGAAUACUCUUCCAUUGGGCGAAAGUUUAUAGAGCGCAAAAAAGCGGUUUGCAACUGCGGUGUCAAGAUAGCUAGUUAAGAAAGCUCACCGAUCGUAAAACCGAGACUGUUGGACGAAAAAUAAACGAAUAUAAAUGUGUAGUACUUCGA